CACCAAUCAAUGGAAAAAGCCAAAGAUGUCGGCUCAGUCAUUGCCACCUGUCAGUGUCCAUAAGUGCCAGCUGUCAGUACUCAUCCAUGCCACCUGGCAGUGCCCAUCAGUGCCACAUCAAUGCCACAUUUCAGUGCCUACCAGUGCAUAUCAGUGCCCAUCUGAGCUGCCUUUCAGUGUCACCCAUCAUCAGUGCCAGUCAGUGCCACCUAUCAAUGCCAGUCAGUGCCACCUAUCAGUGCUGCCAAUCAGUGCCAAUCAGUGCCGCCUAUUAGUGCCAGUCAGUGCUGCCUAUCAGUGCCGCCUAACAGUGCCAGUCAGUGCCACCUAACAGUGCCAGUCAGUGCCGCCUAUCAGUGCUGCCUUUCAGUGC